CAACCACUUCCCUUCUAUUAAAAUUUGGUUAAGAAAGUAGCAUACAAUACAAAACGUCGUUUUAACUGUAGAAUUAAUCUUAGUAUAAAUUUUAUAGAAAUAAACAAUUAAAUAAAUUUUUAUUUUUUGCAGGGCCUUGCAAUAGUAGAAUAAUAUACAAUAGUAAUAUAGUACAAGAUAAUAUAAUAUUAGUAAUAUAGAGAGAGGCAGAAGUUAUUUUUCUUAGUAUAUAUACAGACUUUUCGGAAUCAUAUAUAUAUAUAUAUAUAGACCUUUCGAGAUCAUUCAGAAAACGUAUGUGGAAAAAUGCACGAUCAAUACUGCAGGCGUAAUGAAAUCAAUUUCCUAACGGACCGUCUGACCUUACCACUAUUCCUAGCCACCCGCGUCAGCUCAAAAAACAAUUAUGAAUAUAAAACUAGAACUGAGGAAAUCAUCAAGAAAAUGUGUGCAGCAGCGAAGCAAUCGAAUACGAAAAUGAGAAGCGUGUAUGAAAAACGCAUUGGAAAAUAUGCAGAAAAUCCCCGCCCCUGCAUAAACGUGAGACGCAUCAAGGUGGUGCGCGACCAUAGUGAUACAAAAUAUUUUCAUUUACCACCGAAUAUCUACGAAACUGACAAGAUACCGUUUGAGAAACGACGCGGGUUAGGCGGCGCUUACUGGCAUAGAUUGCCGACGAACAAGUUGUCAUUAGGUAAUAAACAAGUCACAAACAGACAGUUCUAUAACAUACCGCGUGAUAUUGAUCGCUUGACAGAUCGGCAUAAUCAAUAUAAAGGCAAAUUUCGGACAGUGACACCGAAAAGUCACGGUAGAAAAUGGCAUUCGCAGAGCGAUCUCGCCGAAAAACAAAGCGAUAUUGCAUAUAACUCUCCACCAAGCCGUCGUAAUCUAAAUUGGCACAUAAUAUCUCAACACUACACUCCACGGACAAAUGCAGCUAAAUCAAAUCCACAUUUAUUUUUACAAAAUUCCUGUGUACCAGAAAAACGAAUGAGCUACAUACCGCGUCAUCAAGGCUUUCAGCCUGCCGUUGGUCGUUACGAGCUCGCCAUACAACACGCCAGCAAACGAGUUCCUCACUCGAAGACCAAGAAGAAGCGCAGCAAUUCACAAAACGUAACUAGCGAUGUACGGCGACGUCUACUUCACUGGAUGCUGGAUGCAGCAACGCUCACACAAGCGCAACUAUUUAAAGGCGAACAGCAAGCGCAGCUUAAAAGGGAAUCCAUAUCGAGACGCGCACAAAAAGUAAUGCCAGUCAAAUUAGCAAAUAUUCGAUAUAACUCAAUUAUUCCGGAGCGGAGACUGAAAACUAAUGCUGGCAGUACUAAGUCACCAGCUACACAUGCAGCAACAGCAACCAAAAAAUUGCAAUUAAGCGGCAAAGAAGCGGUUGUACAAAAACAGUUUGUCGCUAAAACGGAGUACAAACGUAGCUUCAAAUUUCGGCCACUUCCCUCGCCGAAAGUCUUGGCUACAAAGACAGAAAUCUUCGCAAAUUUAUGCUCUGGUGAAACUCCGCGCUUUUAUUUUAGUAAGCUUGAUAUCAAUAAGUAUCUGAAAAAGUCAACUGCAAAUAAAACUCAAACCAAAUAACCUAAAAAGCUUA